UUUUUAAACUUCCAGCAGCUCCGUUUGUUGACUAAGAUAAUUCCUGUUAACGGAGUCCCAGCUGGAACUGAAGGAGAAGGAGCCGACGGUUCGACGCGUCCAGAUGUUGGAGCGGAGUCGGUGAACGAGCAGCAGUUCAGAUGAAGGUAGAAGGUGUGUGAGCUGAUGUGAAUCCAGCAGCAUGGAUCAGUGUGAGGACAGAGAGGAGGGAGUCCUUCCCUCCAAAACCUCCCCGAGGGGAAAACCUGGGAGAGAAGAAGAGAGGAGACCUGGACCUGGACCUGAACCUGGACCUGGACCUGGACCUGGACCAGGACCUGGACCUGGACUUGGACCUGGACCUGGACCUGAACCUGGACCAGGACCAGGACAAGGACCUGGACCUGGACCUGGACCUGAACCUGGACCUGGACCUGAACCAGGACCCAGCUGUGUGUCCUUGAAGAGUGACCGAUCAAAAGACUUGGACAUUUUCUUUAAAGGACACCAACGUUCUGCUGUAAAGAGUGUCCAUCAGAAAAGAGACUCUCUUGAAACUGAACCCAGCUGUUUGUCCUUGAAGAGCGACCACUCAAGGGAAUGGUUCGCUGACUUUAAAAGAGACCAACGUUCUUCUUCAGAGAGAGUGGACCAGCAGAUCUCAGAGUCCCCCAGCGGUCCGUCUGUCCAGCAGCACCAGACCCAGCUGGACUCCGUCUUUCAGCUGCUGGAGGACGAAAUCGUCAUGUUUGUGAAGGACGAGCUGAAGAAGAUCCUGAAGGUUCUGAGUCCAGAUUACCCAGAGUCCUCAGAGAGUCUGGAGGAGGAUGAAGAUGAAGAGCAGAAGAGCAUCAGAGAGACAUUCAUGAAGAUCACAGUGAAGUUCUUGAGGAGGAGGAAGCAGGAGAAGCUGGCCGACCUCCUGCAGAGCAAGACCGUCCCUGCCGUUUGUCAAUCCAAACUCAAAGGUCAGCUGCAGAAGAAGCACCAGCAUGUGUUUGAGGGGAUCAUUAAAGCAGGAAACCCAACCCUUCUGGAGCAGAUCUACACGGAGCUCUACAUCACAGAGGGAGGGGCCGGAGAGGUCAACGAUGAACAUGAAGUCAGACAGAUUGAAGCAGCUUCCAGGAAACCAGACAGAGCAGAAACAGCCAUCAGACAGGAAGACAUCUUUAAACUCCCACCUGGAAGAGGAGGACCAAUCAGAACGGUGAUGACGAAGGGAGUGGCCGGCAUCGGGAAAACAGUCCUAACGCAGAAGUUCAGUCUGGACUGGGCUGAAGGCAGAACCAACCAGGACAUCCAGUUCCUGCUUCCAUUCACCUUCAGAGAGCUGAAUGUGCUGAGAGAGGAGAAGUUCAGUUUGGUGGAACUAGUUCAUCGAUUCUUCUCUGAAACCAAAGGAAUCUGCAGCUUUGAAGAGUUCCAGGUCGUGUUCAUCUUUGACGGUCUGGAUGAGAGUCGACUUCCUCUGGACUUUCACAAAUCUACAAUCGUCAGUGACCCCAGAAGGUCCACCUCAGUGGAUGUGCUGCUGACAAACCUCAUCAGGGGGAACCUGCUUCCUUCUGCUCGUCUCUGGAUCACCACACGACCCGCAGCAGCCAAUCAGAUCCCUCCUUACUGUGUUGACAUGGUGACAGAAGUCAGAGGGUUCACUGACCCACAGAAAGAGGAAUACUUCAGGAAGAGGUUCACAGGAGAGGAGCAGACCAGCAGGAUCAUCUCCCACAUCAAGACAUCACGGAGCCUCCACAUCAUGUGCCACAUCCCAGUCUUCUGUUGGAUCACUGCUGCGGUCCUGGAGAACGUCCUGGAGAAAGUCCUGGAAACCAGAGAGGGAGGGGAGCUGCCCAAGACCCUGACUGAGAUGUACAUCCACUUCCUGGUGGUCCAGGCCAAACUGAAGAAGGUCAAGUAUGACGGAGGAACUGAGACGGAUCCACACUGGAGUCCAGAGAGCAGGAAGAUGGUGGAGUCUCUGGGAAAACUGGCUUUUGAGCAGCUGCAGAAAGGAAACCUGAUCUUCUAUGAACCAGACCUGAGAGAGUGUGGCAUCGAUGUCAGAGAGGCUUCAGUGUACUCAGGAGUGUUCACCCAGAUCUUUAGAGAGGAGAGAAGCCUGUACCAGGACCAGGUCUUCUGCUUCAUCCAUCUGAGUGUUCAGGAGUUUCUGGCUGCUCUUCAUGUCCAUCAGACCUUCAUCAUGUCUGGAGUCAACCUGCUGGGAGAGCAACGAACAACUAACCCUUCUUCAACCGGUUUCUAUCAGACAGCUGUGGACAAGGCCUUACAGAGUCCAAACGGACACCUGGGGCCUCAUGUACUAAGAGUGCGUGGAUUUCAACGUGAAUCCGUACGUGGAAUUAACGAGACCGCAAAAAUUCAUAUGUACAAAGCUGUGCGUUCGCCCAAAUCCACGCAGGUUUCUCUGUACAUCCCAAUCAGCGUGGAUUUGAGCGCACAUGCGGGAACACAACACUCCGCCUUGUCUCCUCCCUCAAAUAUAUGUUUGAAUAUGAUAUGAAGAUAAUUAUCCAUUAAAAACCGCUCAUCCUAACAAGAAAAUGCUCUGAGCGGGA